GAUCUUGAAAACUAAUAUCCCAAAAAUGUAUUCACCUACAAUUCUAUCUACUAUGAUGGAAACCCCACCUAUAUGGAGGUUAUUCGAAUACCAUGGUGGCUAAUGAGCACUUUGUGAUUCGCAUUCCUGAUAACCUUCCUCUUGAUGCUUGUGCUCCUCUUCUCUGCACUGGGAUCACAACUUACAGUCCCCUAAGACACUUUGGACCUAACAAGCUUGGUAUGCGUGUCAGUAUAGUUGGUCUCGGUGGCCUUGGCCAUACAGCUGUAAAAUUUGCCAAGGCUUUUGGUGUUAAAGUAAUAGUGAUUAGUACCUCUCCUGGCAAAAAGAAAGAAGCUAUUGAACAGUUUCGUGUAGAUUCAUUUUUGGUCAAUUGUGACCCAGAUCAGAUGCAGGUUGCUAUGGGCACAAUGGACGGUAUCAUUGACCCUCUUCUACCAUUGAUAGGUUUGUUGAAAUCUCAUGGAAAACUUAUCUUGGUUGGUGCACCAGAGAAGCCACUUGAGCUUCCAGUCUUUCCUCUGCUCAUGGGGAGAAAGAUAAUGGCUGGAAGUUGCAUUAAAGACAUGAAGAAGACACAAGAGAUGAUAGAUUAAUGGAUUACGUCACUACAAGAAAUGUGUUUUGGUGGCGUACUUUUAACGGCGUUUUUUAAAGUGUCACUGUUCUUAAUAUUUAAUGACGAUUCAUAAAUGUAGCAUUUUUCUUUAAUUAAAACGGCGCCAUUUCAUGAAUAGAAGACGUUUAUAAACGCCUUCAAAUGGGUUAGGUGUCACGCGCUCCCUCCCUCUUUUCACCCUUAUUUUGAAUCUUCAAAUCUCUCUCUCUCUCUCUCUCUCUCUCUCUCUCUCUCUCUCUCUCUCUUCUGUCUAAACCCCAUUAAUAUCUUAGAGCCAUUUCGAAACACAUCGGUGAUUCAUUAGAGCUCCGCUGUCUCAAAAUCGAAGUUCAUCUCGAAAUCGAAGUCGAAGUUCAUUUCAGCAAUUCAGAUCGGUGAGCUCCACUUUCUCUCUCUCUCUCUCUCUCUCUUUGUUAUCUAAACCCUAAUUAUCUCAGAGAUUCAAAUCAGUCUCAGUGAAACAGAUCGGUGAUUUAUCAGAGCCAUUUCAAACUCCUCUCUCAAAAUCGAAAUCGAAGUUCAUCUCAGCGAUUCAAAUCGAUGAGCUCCACUCUCUCUCUCUCUCUCUCUCUCUCUCUCUCUCUCUCUCUCUUCUCUCUUUCACACUCUCUCUUUAUAGACGCAUCAGAUUUGGUCCACUCUCCAUCAACGAAUCCCGACGACGGCUCCCCGACGAUGGCCCUUUGUCUCCAUCAUCUGAAGAGUUUUGUUUUGCAACCCUAGAUCUCCAAAUCCCCUUCAUUGACAAAGAAAGAAAAGGUCAAAAUUUAUUUAUUAUUUUUUACGGAAUAAAUAAUCAUACAUUUGUUUUAAUUAAGGUUUUGUGUUGGUUUGAUUUAGGUUUUUGGGGAAAACAUAUUUCUUCAUUGUUUGCCCAAACACAUGUGAAUGGAUUUUUUGCAUUGCAAGUGUUUGAUAAAAUGAUUCAAUGAAAUUAUUAUUUUUUAAACUAAUUAAAUACAUGUGAAGUUAGGAGUAUGUUGUAAUGAAUGCUCAAUAGCUCUUGUGGUGGUGCACUUUAUAAACUGUAGUGACUAUUUUCACCCCUAAAAUAGUAUUACUUAGGAAAUAGAUGUCUUUGGUUAAUAUAUUUUAAAUUCUGAUUACAUUUAUGCAUAUGUAUAUUUUUGUGUUCUUUAGGAUUUGUGAAAAUUAGUGAUAUGUUAAAUCUAUAUUAUAUUUAUAGUGAUAUACUUUGUUAUGGUGUUGGUUUCCUUUUCCAAAAUCAAAGUUUCAAAUGUGGAAAAAAAAAAAAUCCAGGGAGGCUUUGGUGUGCAAAUGACAUGUGCAAUUACUUUGCGUGGUGAGUGCUUGCAAACCAACAUAGAGUGGCUUGAGGCAGACCAAUGAGCUAGGAAAUUGUUUUUCAUGACAAGCAUAGUGUGUACUGAUUUUAGCAUUACUUUAAUGCUUAAAUGAUUGUUGUAUGCUUAAGUGAUUUUAGCAUAGUUUUUUAAAGUAUGAUUUGUAAGGUUAUAAGAUGUUUGAACUCAAUGUAAUAAGAUGAUAUCUUGUUAUUAAUUGAAUGAUAUGUCUUCAGAUGCCACGCCAUCUUUCCCUUGUUAUUAUUUGAUGUUGCAUUUGGACAUUGAACUAAUUUGGAGGACAAAGGGUUGUUUGUUUCAAACUUGGAAGUUGUAUGGGCAUAAAAACUUAGUGUUCUUCUAAUGUCUUUAACUUGCAAAUGGAGCCACAAGUCUCCUUGGGUUGUGAAUCAUGCCUCCAUCCUGAGAAAGUCCAAAUUAAGGAUGGUGAUUAUGGUGUAACUGUAUCCUUUCAAAACCAUGAUGUACAGCAGCCAGGUAAUAUUUUGUGCUUGUCAUUUCAAAGUUUCUAAUCAUUUGUCUCAAUUAAGGUGCUUUUUCAUUUUUGUCGUAGUCCUCCAAUAUUCUUUUAAAGUAUGUUAUUUUGAUUCAUCCACUGCAAACUCUCUACAUUUGAAGAGCAUAACAGUAUCUCCAAUAAUGUUUUUUAAAUUUUUUCUAUAAUAGGGAAGAUAUUUAAUUUUUUUUAUGAAAAAAAUAGGGACUUAUUUUUUUAAUUCUAUCAUACAUGUAGAUAGGGAGUCUGUUAGAGUGAAUUUUGAAGAUAUAUCUUAUUUUUUUUAAUUGCCUCUGCCUAGUUGUUUUUUGCCUGUAUUUUUGAAUAAUGAUAGGUAGUAUGUCCAGUGUAUGUGUAAAAUAUGUUGUCUAUCAUUGUUUCUGUUAACUAUUUUUGUCUUGAUGAUGGCCAAGAUUUUUGUAACUUCUAUACUUGGCUAGAGUGUGAUUGGAAGUAGAUGUGGAGGCAUAUUAUGAUAGUGACAUUAGUUUAUUGAAUGUGAGCAUGCCCAAUCACUGACUCUGCCAUUAUUUGAACCAUUUAUCAAUUUGUGCCAGUUAGCUCCAAGGCCCAAUAUGAGAAUCUAAGUUCAUUUUGUUUUUUGUAGUUCCUUGCUAUUCAAAUGUUAAGAGGAGACACGGUGCCUCACCCUCAGUCAUCGUCAUAUGUGGUGGCCUUGCCGAUAUGGCAGCUGCUCAGGCCUUUCAUGAUGCUUCAUUUCAGCAUGGAGGUACCUGCAUAGAAAAAGAUUCCUGCAAAUAAAGAAACAAAGCUUCCCUACUGCAGUUCACUCUAUUGUGAGACCAGUGAGGAAAAUGAAGAUGAAACUCUUGCCUUAGUGAAAGCAACAAAGAAGGCUCUUCAGGUGAGCGACAAAGACCCUAAAUCUAUAAUCAAGGGAACAGCUAAUUCUGGGGCAGAGUAUCUUGCAUCUCGAUCUUAUCACGGUCUUGACAUUCAAAGCAACAGUUCCUUAAUGCUUCACUCUUUUAUCUCGAUCUUAUUUAUAUUGGUUCGAUUUUCACUCUCUUAUUGUUCUUAAUGCUUGAAAUGGUUUGUUUAUUUUUUUAUUUUUUUCUUGUUGCUACAAUUCUUGUUCCUUCAAUUGAUAUUAGUGCUCAGUGGAAGACUUGGAGACUGCUGCAAAGUUGUAUAUUUCUUAUUGGUUAGAACUGGCAACUGCUCCAUAUGGUUCACCCCUGGAUGCCACAAAAAUGUUUUGGCUUGUAGCCCUUCCUUGUAAAAGUCACUUUAAAGCCGUAGCUAAGAUGAGAGCCUUGAAGGUUGUAAUUGUUAAAACAACUUAUCAGGUUCUGUGCAAAUUUUUUAGCAAAUCACCUCUUUAAAAUGUUG